AUGUCCGGAUCCGGGUGGGCCGGGUCGUCGAGCUGGAAUGAUGGCACAUGGUGGCACUGGGAUGAUGAUGAGGAGGAGGAGACGGGACAGGGAAAGUCCGGUUCCCAACGUGGUGGAAAGGGGACCACACAGAUGAAAGGACGGCAGGGAGGGAUGGCUCUGCGGGCCAGGUUUGAGGAUGGAACACAGGAGAGGACACGCUCCCAGGCUGAUCGUGAGGCGAUCAGGGCUCCACUGAAGAAAGAGAUCAAGGAGCUCAAAGCACAGCUGGCGACGGUUCAGAGUGAAGCGGACCACACGGCCCGCGAGCUGGGCAUGAACGCCGACUUGAAGCACAGGGCCGAGAUGGCUGAGGGCCGAGUGCGCAAAGUGAAUCUGGACCUCAUCACUGCCAAGUCCACAGAGGAGGUCCACUUGAAGUCGAACGACGACCUUAAGAAGCAGCUUCAGGAUUGCCAAAAGAAGGUCACAAGCCUGGAGGCGGAGUGCCAGCAGAAGGACACAAUGGCCGACUUAAAGCAGCUGCAAGAAGUGAAGGAAUCCAGAGACCUCCAGAACGAGGAGGAGCUCCGUGGAGCCAAGGCCUUACUGGACAAGAAGGAGUCGGAACUUCGCGAAGUCCAGGAGGAAAAGGCGAAGUGGAAGUACAGAGCACACGAAAUCAAGAGUGCAAGAAAGGAAACGGCUCGCAUGGUUCAGGAGGACAUGAUGAUCAGAAUGGUCAAGAAGGAAGAGAUGAUCCAGAUCCUGCAAAGCAAGAACGACACAGCUGAGGAUCGCAUCAAGGAGCUGGGUGUCCAGUCUGACGAGACAAAGGCCCUGCUGCUGGAUCUCUACGACUGCUACGAGGCUCUCGAGGCAAAGUUGAAGGCACGGGAUGGGGCUCGGCUAUCCCCGACAUCACCGGCUCGGGCCUUGAAGGAAUCGGGAUCGGAAGACUCUGACACCGAAGUUGUUUCUCGACAAAGUGACUCCGAAGACAGCUCUGUUGCAAAGGCCACGGCAAAGCGGCCGCGAACCAGGUCACGAUGA